ACAUUUCCAUUUACUUACCUCCCAGUUGAGCUUGUCCUCAUCAUCCUCAGAUAUUACGUGGAACCCACCUUUGAUCAGACUGCUCCAUAUGACUCUAAAAGUCCAUAUUCUAAUGCACGCGCCCUCUGUCAUUUCUCCAGAGCUGUCAGGCGGGCGGUACUUCCAGAACUCCUCCAUACCGUACUGCUUGAGCACUAUGUCACAGUGAAAGUGUUCGUGCAUGCUCUACAUAUGCAAAAAAUGUACGCGGAGAAAGCAAACCACCUCCGUUUCGACUACAUUCCCCAUGUGCACAAGAUCUGGAUCGGAUCCCAGUGCCACAACCCAUGGGCCUUUAACUUGAUUGAGCGUCCGCUUUCCAUCAGCCUCCUCUCUCCGGUGCUACUCGCUGCACCAUCCAUUGCCCUUGACUGGACAAGUAUGGGCCUUCUUGAAGGAUGUCUGGAACAUGCAUGGAAGUCCCGUGCAGCCACACAUGCCAACAACGAACAUUUCCCACUUCCCUGGAACACCAAAACCCUGAUCCUGUCGCGUGAGACCCCCAUCAGCGGCGCACGGUGGGGGUGCCUCACGGACACUCCCCAGGGAUCUGCAUUCCUUGGGUCAAUCUCUCACCUCUCAACCACCACAUCCCUCCUCUGGUCGAACACACCAUCCUACUGCAUGGUGCCGUGGAUGGAGGUCACUCCAUGGGCUUCUUUCAAAAACCUUCAAAUUGUCUCACUGCCGUACUUGAUUGCUAUCAAAGCCGGCGCUCGCAUCAAGCUGCGGAACACACAUGAAAUCAACGUGCACGUCGAUCUGUUGACAUUGCCUGCAUCC